GUUGAUCCCUAAAAAAAAUUCAACAUCCAUAAUAUGGAAAUGGUUUGGUUUUUCUGUGACAGACACGGCGCAAACGACCGUUAUUUGCAAGUGUUGCAAUGAAAAGAUUCGCACGUCAGACGGCAACACAACUAAUCUUUUUAACCACCUCAAGAGAAAACACCAUAAAGAAUAUGCUGACAGUCAAGCCAUGAAGGGACCACUCGCGAGUUCAUCAGGUACAUCCACGCAGCAGCCAGAGGCUAACGUUACACGGCUUAAACAAACAACUCUUACGAAGGAGGCAUUCGAGAAGGGAACUCCGUAUGACAGGACAAGUAAGCGCUGGAAAGAUGUAACUGAUGCAGUGACAUUUUACCUGGCCAAGGAUAUGAUCCCCAUUAAAACUGUGGAAAACGAGGGCUUCAAAAGAAUGCUGAAAGUUGUUGAUCCGCGUUACGAGAUUCCCAGCCGCAAAUAUUUUUCUGCCACGGCCAUUCCACGGCUGUAUUCCGAAUGCCGCAACAAGAUGGAACAAAAAGUUAAAAAUGUCAUGUUUUUUGCCACAACAGCUGAUUUAUGGUCUAGCCGCACUUCAGAGCCAUACUUAAGUCUGACAAUUCAUUUCAUUGAUGAUUGGAAGUUGUGCAGUGCGUGUCUAGAAACAACGUACUUCCCACAAGACCACACAGGAGAGCUCAUAGCACAAGGCCUAAAGGAAGCACUUGAAUGUUGGGGACUGAAAGAAGCGAACAUGACCUGCAUGACCACUGACAGUGGGGCUAACAUGGUGAGGGCCUUGGAGCUCAACAGUUGGACACGUCUGCAGUGCUUUGGGCACAGACUUCACCUAGCUAUUGAAAAAAGUGCCAAAGACCCUCGUGUUGAACGCAUAACAUCUAUCUGCAAGAAAGUCGUCAGUACAUUCUCUUUCAGUUGGAAGAAAAAGAGGGAAUUAAUUAAAGCUCAAACAGAGCUGAAACUACCUCAACAUAAACUCAUCACUGAAUCUCCUACACGAUGGGGUUCCAGACUGAACAUGAUUGAGAGAGUGCUUGACCAGGAAAAGGCCAUUUCGCAGGUCCUGAAGGCAGACCGGAAGGCGAGGCAUUUGGUCCCAUCAUGGCAAGACAUUGACGUGAUGGAGUCUGUGAAAAAAGCACUGAGUCCACUGAGAGACUUCACUGAUGCACUCUCUGGUGAAGACUAUGUGAGUGUGUCCUACAUAAAGCCAGUGCUUUCCCUGUUGAAAGUCAACAUCUUGAGCCCGAAUGAUGAUGACACUGAACUAACAAAAACAAUGAAGCAAACAGUUCUCGAUUACCUCACUGACAAAUAUCAGGAUCCCACCACUGACGACCUGUUGGAUAUGGCUUCGCUUCUUGAUCCCAGGUUCAAAACCCAAUACAUUGCCAGCGACAAGAUAGAGGGAAUACAAGCCAGAGCUGUAUCUGAGCUGGAGUCUUUGCUGACCGUACAGUAUCCAGCAGCAUCGGUUCAACAGUGUACAUCUGCCUCCACAUCAGAGAGCCCUGACGCAGAACAAACCCCACACAAGAAAGUAAAGAAAUCACUUGCCAGCUUUUUGAAAGCCUCAGGUGUUGCAAGUGCAUCUGCUGCAGUUUCAGGAUCAACUUCCUUUUCUCUAAAAGAGGCAAUAGAAGGGGAACUGAAGGGAUACGUGUCCAUACCGAAUGCAGAAAGUGAGAUGAAUCCCUUGGAAUGGUGGAAAGUCCAUGAGGCAAACUUUCCAAGAGUUAGCCAACUUGCUAAAAAGUACUUGUGCAUUCCGGCCACAAGUGCUCCCUCAGAAAGAGCUUUUAGCACUGGUGGCAAUAUCGUCACAUGCCAGAGGGCAACUCUCAAGCCAGAUAAAGUCAAUCAACUGGUUUUCCUCUCUAAAAAUUUGUGAUUGGGAUCAGUCAUACUUUACGUUCUUAGAAUAUAUACUUUUUAGGAAUUUGAAAGUUUUGUUCUAAAGCUGAGUUAAGUCUAAGUUUAAAAGAGUCAUGAUUCAGAAAUAUGUUUGCACCUUCGGUUGAUUGUUUGGUGGUUCCUGAAUCACAUUGCACUAUUUAUUGUGGGGUUUUUUUUUACCUUUUGAAGAACAUGUUUAUUUGGGGAUUUAUCCUAUAGUCUUUAUUUGUACUUAAUUUAUAACUAGUUAAUAUUUUUUAUUUAAACAUUUUUUACUUAACUUUUUAAGCUUAAUUGUUUUUGAUGCAUCUGUUUAUCUAUAUUUUUCAUGCUAGAUGCUACCUCAAAAAAUUGAAAGAUAAAAACAUGCUGACAUGGGUUUUGCUCAGGGUCAGUAUACUGACUGUUUACAG